AGCUCCGCCACACAGUCGCUGGAAGGCGAGCUGAGAGCUUCGUCCAGUCUGCUCUGCCUCCGUCUGUCCAUCCAGAAGGGCCAGCGCUGAACGGUCAGGUGCCGCAGGAAUAUGACCAGGGUGCAAGCCUAAGUCGCCACGAGACUGGACUGCGCGCACUUUGCUCAGGGCAUUGGUGAUUCAGCACAAAAUGAGGAAGCCUCAGCACUUGCCACUAGUUGCCCUCCUGGGCUUGGCAUUGGUAGCCUGGCACUCCCCUGUCAAAGCUCAGGCUGCCAGCGCCCCGGCUGUGACCGCAGAUAUAAUCUUUCUAGUGGAUUCAUCCUGGAGCAUUGGCAAAGAUAACUUCCAAUUCGUCAGGGAGUUUCUGUACAAAGUGGUAAAGGCUUUAAAGACGGGCGGCGGCGACUUUAAGUUCGCCUUGGUGCAGUACAGCGGAUCCCCCAAAACUGAGUUCCAGUUAAGCACCUACUCCAGCGUGCAGGAUGUGCUCUUCCACAUUUGGAGCAUGCCGUACUUGGGGGGGCGGCACCAGGACCGGCCUGGGCUUGGAGUACCUGAUCGAGCAGCACCUGACGGCGGCGGCCGGCAGCAGAGCCAACGAAGGCGUGCCUCAGGUGGUGGUGGUGCUGACGGACGGCCGCUCCCAGGACGACGUCAUCCCGCCGUCGUCAGUCCUCCAGUUAGCCGACGUCGACAUGUUCGCUGUGGGAGUGCAUCACGCGGUCGAAUGGGAGCUCAAGGAGAUGGCCAGCAAGCCGCUAGAGAGGCACAUGUACAACGUAGCCAACUUCAGUGCCUUGUGCGACAUAGUAGGCGAUUUAGUGGACAAUGUGUACGCCGCCGUGGCUCCGUCUGCGCCGGCGGAAGUGGCAGGAGUAAAUUCGGACGUUUCAGCACAAGAGUCGACCGACCUUUUAUUCGUAAUUGACGGAUCAGACAACAUCGGAGCUGCUAACUUCCCGCUUGUCCGCGAUUUUGUUCUUAAUUUCAUUGACAAUCUCAAAGUGGGAGAGGACACGAUAAGAGUGGCUGUAAUGCAGUAUAGCAAUGAGCCUCAGACUGAGUUCUAUUUAAAUACGUACAGCACCAAAACCCAAGUUCUGGAUGCUGUGAAGGAACUCAGAUUCAAAGGAGGAGAAGAGGCUAACCUCGGUGCCGCUCUGGACGCAGUGCUGCAGACCCACUUUACGGAAGGUGCAGGGGGACGAGCAGAUGAGGGGGUACCCCAGACCGUAGUGGUCGUCAGUGCUGGCAAGUCCUGGGAGAGAUGGCCCUUAAGCAGGCCAGCAUAUAUACGUUUGGAGUGGGGGCUGGCAUCACGGAGUCCUCCGAACUUGAGCAGAUCGCUACGGACCCCAGCUUUGUGUUUUCAACCACUGAUCUGAGUGCCAUUGACGUACUGCAGGAUCAGCUGCUGCCAUACGUUAGAGGGGUAGCCCAGCGCACUGUUGUCAUUCAUCGGUCCAGUGUUGUUGGAGAAGGUAGGUAAUGAAGUCAACAGGUAAAUACAUUAAA